AUGUUACAAUCUCAAGUGGUCACAAAAGUUGUCAUAACAAGACACAGCGUACUAGAAGAAGAUCUCCAGAUUCCUUCCGCUGAGCCAUCUAUACGUGUCAGUGAAAGUUUGGAAGAUGACAACGAUAUCGUAGAAAAGCAGACGUUUGAGUCGAGUGACGAGUCAUCAGUUAAGAAGGACAAUAACCAUGUCGUGAAGGACGGGCAAGAUAAAAAGAAAAGGAAAGAAGAAAAAGGCCGGAAGACGGUGUCCACAUCUUCAACUGAAUGCAGUGACCGCACCAGCGACAGCGAUAUUAGUAGCUGCAGUGAAACCUUUCCAAAACAGAGAAAAAUUGCCGUAGAUUUAUGGGAGAACGUUGAAAAGAAGCUCGUGGAGAAACUGCCUGUUGAUAUUAAUGGUCUUUCCGCUUUUAAGAUCAAAGAACUCUCCACAAAAAAGAAAAUGGUAUCGGCUUUAGUCGACGGCAGGAAAUGGAAAAAAAAUUGUCCGACGAACUGGACUGGCCAUUCCCGUGUGCGGUACGCGGACUGCAAAGGCUCGUUCAAAUGCAUCGAACCAAGAUGUCCUUACAAGGUGCAGUAUGGGAUCGUGAAUACGAAGCAGUUCGAUAACUCGAGAGACGGUAAUGCCAAAUGCCGCGUUUGUGGAAAAAAGGCAGAACAUGUUCCAUGUAACGCUCGAAGAUAUAUAAGUUAUGGACAAACAAGUGUCACUGUAUUUUAUUAUGGAACCUCUUUAACGAAGCGUUAAAGAAGGUUUCGGAAAGUGACGAUACACAGUUUAAUCCCGCGGGGUGGUGCACCGAUAUGGCAGGCGCGAAUCUAGCUGGGCUUGUUAGAAAUAGUAUAUAUAACAUAAGUAAUGCAUGAAUACCAUAUAAGGUCAAGCAUGUUAAUUAUUCAGUAGAGUCACGUGAU